AUGUUAGAUAUGAUUCAAGAAUGUGCUUCAGUUGUAUUACUCGUACAAAUUAGUAUGUUGUCGAUAAACACCAUUGAAAUUCCUAUUUAUAAUAUUCGAGAAAAAUCACAUUCUUUCCUAGCAAACUUAGAAAAGAGUCAGAAAAAAUAUUGUUUAUUCAACAAUAGCUGGCUGAGUUGCAAUGCUCUGCACAAUUUUUACGACAUAAUUGACAUUUUGUAUAAAAAAAGGAAUAUUGGAGAAAAGUUUUUAAAUCAUUAUAAUGCAAGACCAUAUUCCCAGAGCUCCAAGACUAGAGUUCGCAACCUUAGCAACGAUGUCAAGCCGCAUCUGUCCGAGGUGCAACCGCCAUUCAGAAGGUUUUUCUCGGCGAGUCCUAACACAAUGUAUAAUAAUUUAAGGUCAUAUCCGGACUGGUAUACCCCAAUACCUGGUAAGACUUUUCCUGUAUAUAGCCCUGGAGCAACUCAACUAGCGCCGAAACCUGAAAUGAAGUUCAACACUCCUUGGAAUGCACCUCAGCAGUACCCCACUAGACCUACCGGGUGGAGUACAACAGCGCUACCUAUACUUGUUAGCAGUCCGAGUAUUGUGCCACACAGUCAAUUGCCAUUAAAGCCGCCAGCAACGACGGCUGUUACUGGUGCUUCACAAAAAGUUAUUGCACAAAAAAAUAUGUCUUCCAUUGACAAAUUUACACAACGCCUAGACCUCUUUGAGCGACAAUUUUAUAAGAUCACGUUCGCGAAGCUUACGAGCAUAAGUCCAGCAGAUCGACAAGAAAAUGGAAUGAGUUUCGUACAAUCUGGUUUCUUUCUACUAAUAACUUUGAUGGUCCUCUCGAAAGAGGUCGACACCGCUACCAGGGCCGAAAUAGACAAAUGCAUUGGAUUUAAAAUUUCCGAUAUGGAAAGCGUUGACUUAGUUAGACGUCUGAUAUCAACGUUGCCGAGUACAUCGGACACGCUCACAGUGCGGCACGCCUCGCGCCUGGUGCUGUGGCCAGGCAGAGAUGAACCACGCUUCCAAGACGGCGCCGCCGAAGCAUUAAUACUAAGUGUAGAACGCUUCAAUGGCAAUGAGACAUCCGAUACCAUCGCUACCAUCCUCAAUAAAAAAGUGGAAUUAGACUCCGGAGGUGCGAUACACGAUACCUUUGAUGAAGGAGAUGUAUCGGGAGGUGUGAUCGCGGUAUUUAUGACCACGCUGUACAUGCGCGGACGCUGGCGAGCCUCGCCCACUGUCCUCAACGGCACGCAGCCUUUCCACGACGCAGACGACGCCCCCCAACGCACAGUACGUAUGAUCAGGAUCAACGAUAUCAUGAAAUACGCAGACCUAAAGGAUUGGGAUGCUCAGGUCAGUCACCAAACUACAUCUCUGGUUUUAUGUAUUUAUUUAUUUUAA